CAAAAACAUUACACAAAAUCCUUAACCAGUGCUAAACCAAACAACACAAGGAAAACUAACAAAAGCAAAAAUUCUUAUCCUUAUAAGCAUGACUUCUCCGCCACAGGGUCAUCGGAGAAAAUUCUCCGGUAAGACCCCGUUGAAUUCUUGCCGCAAACUCCACAACUCAAUGCCGGAGAAACACUCUGGCAUUGUUGAUCGCCGAUUUGUCUCGACUCCUCUGAUGCCGAACAUACAAACUAAUGUUGACUAUGUUCUUCGGCCACCGAAACUGCUACUGAAGGUGACAAUUGAGAAUAGUUUGGGCGCAAUUCAGGUGUUGAUGUUGCCGGAGGAUACAGUUGAAGAUUUGAUAAAGACAGCGUUGGUGUUUUAUGAGAAGGAAAAGAGGAGGCCAAUUUUGAAGAACAAUGAUUGGAAGUUUUACGACCUUCACUACUCAAAAUUCACUUUCCAAAGUUUGAAGCGGGACGAGAAGUUAGCAGAAUUGGAGUCAAGGAAUUUCUUUCUCUGCUUAAAGCCUGCGCCACUUGUUUCUUCGUGCACUCAGAAAGAGAAUAUGGCAAUGGAUUCUGCAUUUCCUUGGAUGAUUUUAGUCCCUUUUCUGUUAUAAAUUAAGACAUAGCCAUAUCACUUCUGUUGUAGAGAAUUUUAUGGAAUUAUAUGAAAAUUUAUUUUGAUUGGAAUAAACCUAUUUUCUUGUAAUACAAGUUAGAACAACAUUAAAGACUUGAGAAUUAUCAUAAGACUUUGACGCCCGUGCAAGAGUGUGAGCAACAAGGUUUGUCUGUGUCUUCUAAUAAAACUAAUCGGACAGACAGUUUUGAUUAAUUAAUAUUCAAAGUCUCCUGGACUACUGUUUGUGCCUCCACUGCUGCUAUCACAAUCUGCGGAAAAACCUCAGCUUCUGUUGUUGCAUCCUGUUGUCAUGCCUCUGCUUCUGCUGCACCAGUCUAUUGUCAAGUCUUUGUUUCUGCUGUUGUGCGCGGCUGUAGUGGUAGUGCCUCCAAUAUUGCUGUCAUGAUCUGCUUAAAAUUAAUCACUUAUUACUAAUUAACAUUCUGCACAAAAUUUCACCUGUCUAUUUGUCUAGACUAUAGGUAAGGAAACCUUUUGUAUCGAUGACGAUGAGUAUUGUUACUCUUCUAGUUUUCAAAUAAAUAUAAAAUUUAUGAUUUUUGUAGUAGUA